UUUUUAUUUAUUUCCGUUAGGAACUGAUCAUGGAUUCCUUUCAUGGAGUUCUUUUAGAAAAAAACCAAAUGGAAAUGCUGAUUUUGAAAGUGGCGACUUCCCUCUAUACGAUAAUGAACCUGUCCACAAUUUUUUGGCACCAUAUAUCAGUGGCUACACAACACCUGGGCCGAGGGAGAGGGAAGCAAGCAAACAGAAAAAGUGGUUAUACAACACCUGGACCAAAUGAAAGAGAAGCUAGCAGAUAUUUAAAAGCAAAUCUCGGCGUUAUGUUGGGUGUCUAUCUGCCUACAAUUCAACACAUUCUCGGUGUUACAAUGUUUAUUCGUCUUGCUUGGUGUGUUGGUGUUGCUGGGGUUGGACAAACAUUUCUUAUGCUCUUUCUAUGUUGCCUUUGUACCUUUCUCACGUGCAUCAGUGUAUCUGCUGUUGCUACAAAUGGAGUUGUAGAAGGAGGCGGUGCUUACUUUAUGAUUUCUCGAAAUUUGGGACCUGAAUUUGGUAGUGCCGUUGGAAUACUAUUUUAUUUAGCCAACACUGUGGCUACAGCAAUGUAUUUGGUUGGAGGCGUUGAAAUUCUAUUGUUAUAUCUAUUCCCUGCUUUGACCAUUGGAGGACAUGAAACUCAUACGGAUACAGGAAUAUUUGGAAUGAUGUCCAACAAUUUACGCUUCUACGGAACAAUUCUUUUGAUUGUCGAAUUUUUGAUCGUUGCUAUGGGUGUUCGUUUUGUUCAACUUUUAGCACCGAUUUCUUUGGUUUGUGUAAUUUUUUCAAUUCUUGCAUGUUAUGCUGGUGCUGUUGAAAAAACUCUUUAUCCAGAUACUGGCCAAAGGUUUUUUUAA